AUGGGCAAGGAACAACUCCAAGUCCUUAACGCGCUCGACGUGGCCAAGACCCAAUGGUACCACUUCACGGCCAUCGUCAUAGCCGGCAUGGGCUUCUUCACCGAUGCCUACGACCUCUUCUGCAUCUCUCUCGUCACUAAGCUCCUCGGCCGUCUCUACUACACACACCCGGGCUCCCCAAAGCCCGGAACACUUCCCCCAAACGUCCAGUCAGCAGUCAAUGGGGUCGCCUUCUGUGGGACCCUCGCCGGCCAGCUGUUCUUCGGGUGGCUCGGGGAUCGGCUCGGACGCAAGCGAGUCUACGGCAUGACCCUCAUGCUCAUGGUCCUCGCGUCCGUGGCAUCGGGCCUCUCGUUCGGGGACAAGCCCAAGUCCGUCAUGGCCACGCUAUGCUUCUUUCGGUUCUGGCUCGGGUUCGGCAUCGGCGGCGACUACCCACUCUCCGCCACCAUCAUGUCCGAGUACGCCAACAAGAAGACACGUGGCGCUUUCAUAGCCGCCGGGUUCGGCAUCCUGACCGGCGGCAUGGUCGCCAUAAUCGUGUCCGCCGCUUUCCGGGCGGCAUACCCAUCCCCCGACUACCAAACCGACCCGACCCGCUCAACCGUGCCCGAGUCUGACUACGCGUGGCGCCUAAUCCUCAUGUUCGGCGCAAUCCCUGCGUCCCUCACAUACUACUGGCGCAUGAAAAUGCCCGAAACCGCUCGCUACACCGCCCUUGUCGCCAAGAACGCCAAGCGCGCGGCCGCCGACAUGUCCAAGGUCCUCCAAGUCGACCUCGAGCCCGAGCAAGAAAAGCUCGACAAAAUCUCCACUGACAAAACCAACGAGUUCGGCCUCUUCUCCCGAGCCUUCCUCCGCAGACACGGCCUCCACCUACUCGGCACCACGUCCACAUGGUUCCUCCUCGACAUCGCGUUCUACAGCCAAAACCUCUUCCAAAAGGACAUAUUCAGCGCCAUCGGGUGGAUCCCGCCAGCAAGGACCAUGAACGCGCUCGAGGAGGUUUACAGAAUCGCGCGCGCACAGACUCUGAUAGCCCUCUGCAGCACGGUGCCCGGCUACUGGUUCACGGUCUUCUUCAUCGACAGAAUCGGGCGGUUCGCGAUCCAGCUCAUGGGGUUCGGUUUCAUGACGGUUUUCAUGUUCGCGCUCGCCUUUCCGUACAACCACUGGACUCACCCUGACAAUCGGAUCGGGUUCGUGGUGAUGUACUCGCUCACGUUCUUCUUCGCGAAUUUCGGGCCGAACGCGACGACUUUCGUGGUCCCGGCGGAGAUAUUUCCGGCGAGGCUGAGGUCGACGUGUCACGGGAUAUCGGCGGCGGCAGGGAAAGCAGGGGCGAUUGUAGGGGCUUUCGGGUUUCUGUACGCAGCACAGCCCAAGGACCCGAGCAAGAGGGAUGCGGGUUACCCGGCGGGAAUUGGGGUGAAGAACUCGUUGAUUGUGCUCGGGUGCAUAAAUGCGCUGGGGAUGUUUUUCACGUUGUUGGUGCCGGAGUCGAAGGGGAGGUCGCUGGAGGAGAUGUCGGGGGAGAAUGAAGAGGAGGGGAGUGAGAUGGGGACGCUGCCCGGGGAGAAUAGGACGGUGCCGGUUUGA